AUGAGACAAACGCUGCUGGAUUCAGGGCCUUCUAUUGAAAGAGGUCGCGGUCGAUUAAAGAAUGUGGUGAGGAAUGUGGUGAGGAUAGGCUCUCAGAGCCCAGUCUCGCCUGACAGGUUCAUUCCUAUACGGGAGUUCGCCGACCCUCCCUCGACCCCGUUUCAUAUGACCAAAUCCCCCCAGAAGCUUUCUCCUGAGGAAAAGCUGCUGCGACGACGGUCACCAAAAGAGGAUCCUUUCAUGCCUACGCCUACACGGAAAACUGCGAGUGCCCCCAUAACACAGAAUGUACGUGCAAACAACCCUCACUACGGCCCCCAUCUUGUCAACGACUUGGCUAUCACGAGGGCCCGUAACCCACGCACAUUGAAUGGCAUACGGGAAAUCAGCACCGGUGCCGUUUGGAGCGUCGGAGGUGCAUCUGCAGCGCUAGCUCGACCUUCUCUGGCAAUCUCUGAUGGGACCGGGGGUCUGCUUGGUAGCGGGACGACAGCUCCCAUGUAUAAUGCCAAAUUCUUGCCUCGGGUUGUCACAGCUUCUGAUCAUCGAGAGAAACACGAAUCCAGAAUAGCUCUUGCAUUGGACAUUGAUCCGUCAGCUAGACUCCUCAAAACUUGCAAACUUUGGCCGUUAUUGGAGUCCAGGCCAAGCCCAUCCUCCCCCAACUAUGAGCAGUAUUCCCCUUGUGUUUGGAAAGACAAUGCCUGGAGAAGGGUGGAGAGAGACCACUGGACCACAACGGAUACCAAAGGAGACAGUGAGCAAAUCGUUCCAACCCGGCCUUUUCGUAUAUUGGAAGCUCCUUUGCUUCGCGACGAUUUCUACUGCUCGACACUUGCAUAUUCGUCAACUUCAGGAAUUCUUGCGGUUGGUCUUGGUCACCGCGUUUAUCUCUGGUCCGAGGAUGUGGGUGUACAAUAUCCGCCAUUCAGCAAUCAACACCCUUCAAAUUAUGUGAUGUCGCUGUCAUUCUCUUCCGAAAAUGGAGGGAAAAGUAUUUUGGCUGUUGGUAGACGUGCAGGUCUGUUGAGCCUGUGGAGCAUCCUUGACUCCGAUGUACGCUUUGAGGUAAGCCACCCAUGUGGCAUUACCUGUGUGGCAUUCAAGCCGACGAAAUCACGCAAGCUAUCGGAGAGAUUCCUGGGUGUCGAAGUAGAUGUUGAAGAACUUGUUGUCGGUGAUGAUCAUGGCAAUGUUUGGUAUUAUUCUGUGGAGUGGCCCGACGAUGAAGUUCGGGACAACUUGGACUGGCAUGGCUCUAUGACUUUGCUCGCCAAAAUAUCUGCUCAUACACAGCAGAUCUGUGGUUUGGCUUGGUCACCAGAUAAUGCCUAUCUUGCAACUGGUGGUAAUGAUAACUCUUGUAUGCUCUUUGACCUUCGCGAAAUCAUCCCGGCACGGGAAUUUGCAUGUGCCUCCGGGUGUUGUUCAUCGCGCCAAUCUUUGAGAGUGCAAUGCCGAAGUGCCUUCUCUUGUCUCGCGGCGAAUGCCAACCCGAGGCGCAUCUUCAAUCGGCGCCCCCUUAUCAGUCAUCUGCUACCUUCUUGGAAUCAUUCAAAUAUCAAACCAUUAUCGACCUCUCUUCUCAACCAUACCGGCUCUCUCAUCUCCGGCGGCGAACGGACAGUUCUAGUGCCUUUGAAUCACCAAAAGCAUCGAUUGGUCCAUUCCGCUGCAGUCAAGGCGAUUGCAUUUGCGCCGUGGCAACCGUCCCUUCUUGCAACCGGGGGAGGCUCGAAUGACCGAGCUAUCCAUUUCUUCCAUACUCUCUCGGGGGCAUGUUUAGCUACAAUAAACGUCUAUGCACAAGUAACUAGUCUGAUCUGGAGUAAGACCCGACGAGAGAUUGCUGCUACUUUUGGAUACGCGCAGCCAGACCAUCCUUUUCGUAUUGCAGUCUUCGCGUGGCCAAGUUGCGAGCAGAUCUCCGCCAUCCCAUGGGGCCCUCAUGGAAGCAGUUGGGACAGUUUUGAUAAUGCAACGCUUGCAGAUUGCGGGAGAGCCCUCUGCGCAGUCAGCUACCCAGGACGGUCCCUUGGCUCGACGCUUCACCUUGACGAUGAGGGCUCCGUCCGAGUACGACGCGGGGAGAGCGAGCCAAACCAGUAUACUAUGGGGCCAGAACUUGUACGACCAAGGGCAAAGGAGGGAGGUGUGUGGUGCUCACGGACGGUAGAAGAAGGAUGCAUCAUCAUCGCGUCGAGCGACCAGAGCGUCAAGUUCCACGAGGUAUGGGGCGGGUCAAGGAAGAGAGCGAGUGCAGUGUCUGGUCCUUUUGGCGGCAGUGAGAUUCUCGAGGGACUUGAAGGAAUUGAGAAAGCCAGCCGCGAGAUUAUUCGGUGAUCGAUGGCACAUCAUAACUGGGACAACAGAUGUAUUCUUAAUAGAAUUAUUUCUAGCUCAUUAUUAACACAGACCUUUAUUCUUCACGCACCGAAUUGAUGAAUAUUGACCCUCGU